AUGUCGCAAUAUAGUAAAAGUAGAAAUAUCAGUCAGUGUGUUAUUGCAAGACGAAACGGUUUAUUCAAUCAACAUGACCGCCAUGCAAUGGAUCAAUAUGCGGAAGAUUACGCUGCUCAAUUCACUACUCAUAAGAGCUGUGAUCUUCCUGAUACCUUGCGCACUACUUUCGUCAUAGCAUUCAGCUGCAACAACCAGUGGAUAGCAUCAGCUCAUGGAGACCAUACAAUAAGGAUAUGCGAUAUUCAUACCGGCCAGUGCUUUCAAACGCUUUCAGGUCAUCCUAGAACACCAUGGACCCUGGCCUGGCAUCCUAAAAUGAAACACGUUUUGGCAUCUGGUUGCUUAGGUGGUCAAAUUCGUGUGUGGAAUUUACAGGGUGGCAGCGAAACGUAUUGUGUUGAGAAUUCUGCCGUGAUCAAUUCGAUUGCCUUCAGCCCUAAAGCAGCUUAUACACUAUUUAUUACAACUGGCAAUAAGCUGAUGUUGUGGGAUUGGCGAGAACCGGCUCCAUGCAUUUCCGUAGGUACUGCAAAUCCAAUCGAAAAAAUUAGGUUAAUCAAGUUUCAUCAAAGUGGAGAUUUUUUAUUAUCAGCCAUUACAAAUGUUCCUAUGGGCGAUUUGAAACAAAAAUCGCAGAUUUCGAGCUAUGAGCGUACUGGGCAUCAGACAGCUGAUAUUUUACAUGGGAAUACUUCUACCUCGUAUGACAAUUCUGCAGAGCUUGGUAGGGUCAGGGAGGAUAAUUCGUUUCCAUCCCAGACAGUCGGUCAAGGAAGUGAACGUUACUUACGUAUACUUAACGACCGUGCUGAUGGGGAUAACUCAGAGGAAAUAAUUGUGUCUGCGGUUACGAUAUCUACAGCUUCAACCGAGACACCUAGGACUGUACCGGAUACACCUACUGUAUCAUCAGACUUAGGUGGUGCAGGACAAAGAGAGGAAGGAGCUAUCAGAGAAGUCGAUUCCAGUGUAACACAUAUGGUUAAUGCUGGAGGUAACGUCUUCCACUUUAGCGUAGGUGCAUCGAAUGGACCAGUUGAUCAAGUGCCCAUUAUAACGGCUAGAAUUAAGCUCAAAAAGGUAACCAGUAGACUACAAUGGUGGGAUAUUAGUUCUGGAUGUUUACCAGACUUGAAAGCAGGUCCAAAUAUUAUGUCUGUCAGUUUUUCACCGUUAGAUCGUUAUAUUAUCGCGGGAUUUUCAUGUUAUCGACCUCAGCGACAUACCUUUAAUGAUUUGCCUGCCGCAUCUAUCUACAGAAUUUGCAGAAACGAGCGUAAAAGCUCUGAUUCUCCUGACUCUAUACCUCCAUAUGAGAUAGGCUUGGAAUUUGUUCGCGAUAUAGAUCACUAUGCAUACAGGAGUAGUAUUGAGAAUGUAAGCACUAAUAUUGCGUGCUGGCUUCCGGAAAUUGGUUCUGGAGUGGUCUAUGGUACCAAUAGAGGGCAUGUGAUUAUUUCUCAUACAUGA